CACAAGGACUCUCAUAGUCACAAUAUCCAUUGUGAGGAUGGGAACCAUGAAGGCUAUGGUGAUUCCUCUUCUCCUUCUACUACUCAUGGGAGGAAUGGUCUCUGAGGCCACUCCAAACCAUCAAGUCAAGCCUGCUUAUCCACCACUUGCUCCUCCACCCACCCAUGAAAACCACCAUCACCAUCACCAUCACCACCACCACUACCACCACCAUCCUCACCAUGCACCACCUCCACAAUCAUCACCACCACUAUAUCCAUACCCCAAGUCUCCACCUCCUCCUAUUCACCAUGGUCACCAUCCUCCAGCACCAGUUCAUCCCUCUCCUCCUCCAGUGUAUACCCCACCACCUACCACCCCUCCUGUUCAUUAUGGUACUCCACCACCACCACCACCUCCUAUUCACUAUGGUCGCCAUCCACCAGCUCCAGUUCACCACUCUCCUCCUCCUCCUCCUCCUCCUCCGGUGUAUACAUCUCCACCACCUCCAAUACACUACGGUCGUCAUCCUCCAGCACCAGUUCACCACACUCCACCUCCAGUCUACACACCACCUCCAACUCCAACCCCAGUUCAUCAUGGCACUCCACCACCUCCUCCCAUUCACUAUGGUCACUAUCCACCAGCACCAGUUCAUCACUCUCAUCCUCCUCCUCCUCCUCCAGUAUACACACCUCCACCAACUCCAGUUUAUCAUGGAACUCCUCCACCACCUCCUAUCCACUAUGGUCGUCACCCUCCAGCACCUAUUCAUCACUCACCUCCUCCAGUAUAUCAUACUCCUCCACCAACCCCUGCUUAUCAUGGUACACCUCCACCUCCUCACAUCCACCAUGGCAGACAUCCUCCAGCACCAAUCCACCGUGCUCCACCUCCGGUGUACACAACUCCACCGCCACCGUACCAUAACAUUCCUGAGCAUGGUCCUCCACCACCACCUUACCACUAAAGUGCCAGAUCUGGUGUUUGAGAGAAGUUUUAAGUGUUUGAUCUCUCUCUCUGCUUUUGAUGUUGGAUUAAUGGGUGGUAAUUAGUACGUAGUAACAGCAGUUUAAAAAGAUCUAAUAAAUAAAAUGUGUGAAGCAAUGUAUCUCUGGGCAAUAUAUAUUUGGUUGUUUUCCUUCCCAUGAAAAUGUAUGUGUCACGUUGUAGUGUAUUGUCUUCAGCUUCCUAAUGUUAAGUGAAGUUUCUUUCCAGCUUGUCCUCUCAGUGUGUAAUACUAAUUUCUUGGC